AUGUCGAUCAUGCCAAUUGUCUCCUGUGGCCCACGAAGUAGCGUCUUCGAUCCCUUUUCCCUUGAUUUUACCGUCCCCUCUUCACUGUCAACUUCAUCUCCGCUGUUUUCUCAGGAAAAUUCUGCAUUUGUCAACACUAGGAUUGACAGGAAGGAGACCUCAGAAGGCCACGUGUUCAAGGCCGAUCUGCCGGGGCUGAAGGAGGAGGAAGUGAAGGUUGAGGUUGACGACGAGAGAGUGAUACAAAUAAGUGGAGAGAGGAAUGUGGAGAAGGAGGACAAGAACGACAAGUGGCUUAGGGUGGAGCGGAGCAGUGGCAAGUUCGUGAGGAGGUUCAGGCUGCUGGAGAAUGUGAAGAUGGACCAGGGGAAGACUUCCAUGGACAAUGGGGUUCUUACCGUCACCAUUCCCAAGGAGGGAGCCAAGAAGCCUGACGUCAAAGUGCUUGAAAUACUGAAUACAUAG